AUGAACGAAACCACCCCCUCUCCGACGCCCGCGCCAGCGUCAAAACCAUCGCCCGCGUCCACCGCCGGCACGAAACGCAAGCGGGGUUCGACGGCCAAAUACUACGCAGUGAAGGCCGGUUACCAGCCGGGCGUGUACCAUGAAUGGCGCGACUGCUUGGCCCAGAUCACCGGGUACAAAGGCGCCGUGUUCCAGGCCUUUCCGACCUUCGAAGAAGCGAACGCCUUCCUCACCGGUGCUAAGCGUCCCACGCCCUCCACUCCCACGAAUUCAGAGCCCUCCCGUUUCUACGGCAUCCAGCGCGGGCGGGUCCCCGGCGUCUACACGGACUGGGCCAAGGCCCAAGAGCAGAUCAAGGGUUUUCCGCGCCCUCGGUAUAAGAAGUUUGCUACGCGGCAGGAGGCGGAAGCGUUUGUGAAGGGGGGUGCGACGCCCGCUGCCACGUUCGCCGGGGCGCCAGGGUUGCAGACGGAGGUCCCCCGCAACGAACAGGGCGCUCCGCUGGAACCGGGUGAAGGUCCUUUGCCCCCCGGUGCAGAGGAUGGGUUCGAUCCUAAUCUCCUGCUGGAUCCGACCACCGGGAAGGUGGUGUACAAACUGAAGGAGCAGAAGACGGUGACAAAAACGAAGACGGCCGGGCCGCCGGGCAUGUUGCACAUCUACACGGAUGGGAGUUCACUGAAGAACGGUAAGGCGCUGGCCGCCGCGGGGGUGGGGGUGUAUUUUGGUCCGGAAGAUUCAAGCAGGAACGUCUCCGAGCCUCUGAGAGGAAGUCGGCAGACCAACCAACGCGCGGAACUCACCGCCAUUCUCCGGGCUCUGGAUAUCGCCCCGCGACAUCGCGAUGUUACCAUCUUUACGGACAGUCAAUAUGCCAUCAACUGUGUGACGGUGUGGUUCGUCAGAUGGCGACGGAACAACUGGAUGACGGCGGGCAACAAGAUGGUGGAAAACAAAGACCUGAUUGAGGCGAUCCUCAGCAAGAUUGAGGAGCGAGAAGAACUCAAGGUGAAGACACUCUUCCAAUGGGUCAAGGGACAUAACGACGACCCGGGCAACGUAGCGGCCGACCGUCUAGCUGUGAACGGUGCCCAGCAAGGGGUGUCCGAACGCGCAGCGGCCUUGGAGGCCACCAAGGAUAUCCCGGAUGAUACAUUCGACGAGGACUUUUAG